GAAAAAAAACUGAAAAACUUGUUAAUCUCAAAGUAAAAAAGAAAGCGCCAAAUGUAGAAUUAUUCCUAGAUGCUGUGUGGAGCUGUUUGAAAGGGAUCGAGAUGUCCGUGAUGUGGUCAUCAGCAGACUCUUCAUGUCAAAAGUCUACGGCGGCAAUUCUCAGGAGACUUUCCCUCGGGUGGCCCAAAAAUUUCUGGGCGAGCACCACAUGGACGAUUUCAUGUACUUGAAUCUCGACAUGAAUCCUCACGCUCCCCAAGUGCCCGGAGUACCGGGACCUGCUUUUUGCCGCCAAUAGUUUGGUUGAGCCAGUAAACCAGUCAUGGCUCGAAAUCCAGAGAGUGUUUUCCCGGAUUAACAGUGGGCAGUGGGAAUACAUGGGGCAGUAUCAGAUGGAGUCGGUUGCUUCGCUGACAACGGAAGAAUGGAAUGAGCAGCGCAACACAGUUCGUUUAGUUUGGGCGUCAAAGCUCUCGACCUCAGGAUGGGGGACUGAAUGCAGGGCCGUCGCGUACCUACACGAGCAACUCGGUCGGAAUCUGACCAGGAGAGAAGUCGAAGACGCUCUCCAAGAUGGAAAUCAACACAGAAACGUCACCAGGGAGCAGAUAGCUGAAGCGUUCCUUAAAGGUUGGGUGACUAUGGCCGUAUGGGCGAUGAAGUGCGUGGGUUAUGAUGUCGAUUUUCAACGCGAACUUGUCGCCAAAUAUGUGACAUAGGAUCCGCUCCCUCCCAGUAAGCCCAAAGGCCCUGGAAGGCCGCGCACGGGAACAAAGCGGAAGCGCAAGGAGCAUCGGACCCUUGAUGAUGAGGAGGACGAGAAGCCAAUUGCAGACGAUCUAGUUUAUCGUCCCAGAGGAACAAAGACUCGUCCAGGUCUAGCAUAAUCCGUACACGUUUCUGUCUUGGUAUUCCAUUUAUUAUCCCUCGAUACUUUCAAUCUUUUCAUCAUAACAUCAUCUCCUGCUAUGCUCGUUUGUUGGAGCAUUUUCUCUGCGAUUAAGUAAAAAAGCAAGUCAUCCACGUUCACGCAGUCGAA